GUGCAACAUAUGAGAUUGCGCAAUGGCGUGCGUCACUGCGUCGUAGCGAAGCGGCCUUGAAGGACGACCGUGUUCAGGAACUGCAAAAAAAAAUAAAAAAAUGUCCAAGACCCUGAAGAAGAAGAAGCACUGGUCCGCCAAAGUCCAGGAGUGCGCCGUGUCGUGGGGGGGCACCGGGGAACUGGUCUCGGUGGUGGAGCUCCGAGGCGGCGCCGAGCAGGGGGAGUUCCCCUACCUCGGACACAUCUCGGCCGAGGCGCUGGUCUGCCACGCCGGGAGGAUACCGAGCAGCGGGGACGUGCUGCUGGAGGUGAACGGCACGCCGGUGAGCGGGCUGACCCACCGGGACUCACUGGCCGUCAUUCGGCACUUUCAGGAGCCCAUCCGCCUGAAGACCGUCAGACCAGGGAAGGUCCUGAAUGCUGACCUCCAUCACUACCUCAGUCUGCAGUUCCAGAAGGGCUCCCUGGACCACAAGCUGCAGCAGGUGAUCCGGGACAACUUGUACCUGCGCACCAUUCCCUGUACCACCCGGCAGCCCAGAGAGGGGGAAGUUCCUGGUGUGGAUUACAACUUCAUCAGCGUGGAAGAGUUUCGCAAACUGGAAGAAUGUGGACUCCUGCUGGAGAGUGGAACCUAUGACGGAAACUACUACGGCACGCCCAAACCGCCUGCGGAGCCCAGUCCUGUGCAGCUGGACCUGGUGGACCAGGUCUUGUUUGACGAGGACUUCGACGCCGAAGUCCAACGCAAGCGCACCACGUCGGUCAGCAAGAUGGACAGGAAGGACAGCGCCGCCCCCGAGGACGAGGACGAGGAGGACAGGCCGCCCACGGUCAACGGACAAGUUGACCACGCGGACAAGGCGGAGUGGAGGAGGACGGUGCCCAGCUACAACGCCGCCGUGGACCCGCGAGCGUGGAGCGCCACGGCGCAGGACGACGGCCAGGAGCCGCUGCCCAAAAACUGGGAGAUGGCCUACACCGACAGCGGCAUGGUCUACUUCAUAGACCACAACAGCAAAACCACCACCUGGCUGGACCCGCGACUCGCCAAGAAGGCCAAGGCUGCGGAGAAAUGCGAGGAAGGAGAGUUGCCCUACGGCUGGGAGAGGAUCCAGGACCCGCAGUACGGCACCUACUACGUAGAUCACAUCAACCAGAAGACUCAGUUUGAGAAUCCAGUGAUGGAAGCAAAGAAGAAGGUGAGCCUUGAGACGCCAUCUUCGGUUUCCUCGGCAACAGCCACGCCAUCAGAGGAGCCGGCUCAGGGAGGGCGGGGCUUCACGCGGGACCCGUCCCAGCUGCAGGGCGCCCUCCUUCACACCGCGCUGCGGAAGAGCCCUCAGGGCUUCGGCUUCACCAUCAUCGGGGGAGACCGCCCGGACGAGUUCCUCCAGGUCAAAAACAUCCUUCUGGACGGGCCUGCUGCGCACGACAAGAAGAUCGCCUCAGGCGACGUGAUCGUCGACAUCAACCGGACCUGCGUCCUGGGGAAGACGCACGCGGACGUGGUGCAGAUGUUCCAGUCCAUCCCCGUCAACCAGUACGUGGACAUGGUCCUGUGCCGCGGGUACCCGCUGCCCGAGGACUCCGGCAGCGGCGAGGACGCGUCCAAGGACUCUUCUCCCGCCGCGUCCACGCCUCAGGACCCUUACCACAAGGUCCAGGAGGCUGGGGGGACCCUGCCUCGACAGACCGCCGCCGUGCCCCCCCUGGCCAACGGGGGACGCCACCACCACCACCACCACCACCAGCACCAGCAUCCGCACCACCAGGACGGUCCGGAUCCGACGCUGCUCCAGCCCGAGCUGGUGGGCGUGUCCCUGCUGAAAGGCCCCGGAGGGUUCGGCUUCGCCAUCGCCGACUCACCGCUGGGCCAGAAGGUGAAGAUGAUCCUGGACGCCCAGUGGUGCCGGGGGCUGCUGAAGGGCGACGUCAUCAAGGAGAUCAACAGACAGAACGUGCAGACGCUGAGCCACUCGCAGGUGGUGGACAUCCUCAAAGACUUGCCCGUGGGCAGUGAGGUCAACGUGCUGGUGCUCCGUGGAGGUCAGACAUCGCCUGUGAAAUCAUUGAAACCGAGCACGGCGCCCACGCCUCAGCUGGCUUCCCAGCAUGCAUCACAACCGACGCUCCCGCCUGCCUCCCAGCCCGCCCCUCAGCACACGCCUCGCCACAGCCACCCUUCGCCCGUCACGCAGGCGCAGCGACCGGAGCUGAUCGACAGCGCCGAGGCCCCGGGCCACGCCGAGGUGCCCCCCAACCCGAUCUCCUUCCCCGCCAACGCCGCGCGCACGUCUUCGCCCAAACCGGACGCUUCAGAACUCUACCUCAAGUCCAGGGCCAUGGUGGAUAGCCAGCCUUCAUACACCAAAGACUUGGACGUUUUCAUCAAGAGGAACCAAGAGUCAGGCUUCGGCUUCAGAGUCCUUGGAGGCGAAGGCCCGGAUCAACCGGUCAGUUCCAUCCCACUUCACUUCUCAAACAUAUUCCUAAUAAUCACCUCCUCACGCUUUUGUCCGCAGGUGUACAUCGGCGCCAUCGUCCCGCUGGGCGCGGCCGAGAAGGACGGGCGCCUGCGAGCAGGUGACGAGCUGCUGUGUAUAGACGGCGUGCCGGUGAAGGCCAAAUCCCACAAACAGGUCCUGGAGUUGAUGACAAACGCGGCGCGGAACGGCCAAGUCCUGCUCACCGUGCGCAGGAAACUCUCGUACUCAGACGGCGGGGGAAGGGAGGACGAUGGCGGCCCGCAGGUAUCAGCAGUUGUUGUCAGCAACUCUCCUAAGACGCCUCGGGGGGAAGCGCUGAAGGCCCAUCCUUCUCGACAGGAGUCCUUCGAUGUCACGCUGCAGCGCAGAGACAACGAAGGCUUCGGCUUCGUCAUCCUCACCUCCAAGAACAAGCCCCCGCCUGGAGUGAUCCCGCACAAGAUUGGUCGCAUCAUCGAGGGCAGCCCGACAGACCGCAUGGCUCAGGUGAAGGUGGGCGACCGAAUCUCCGCCGUCAACGGCCGCUCCAUCAUGGAGCUGUCGCACAACGACAUCGUGCAGCUCAUCAAGGAGGCCGGCACGUCUGUAACCCUCAAGGUCGUGCCUGAAGACGACAGCGCACCGCCGUCCACGACCAACUCAGCCAAGCAGAGUCCGUCCCUGCAGCACAGAGCUGUCGGCCAGCAGCCGCCAAACUACACAGACAGGAACGGUGACAUGCUGACCAUCAGUCCAUCAGGCCUCAUGCAGGAUUGUUUCGUGGUGGAGUUGGAUCGGAGCCAGAGGGGCUUCGGCUUCAGUCUGAGGGGCGGUAAAGAAUACAACAUGGGCCUGUUCAUCCUGCGCCUGGCUGAGGACGGACCCGCCCUGAAGGAUGGACGGAUCCACGUGGGCGAUCAGAUCGUGGAAAUAAACGGCGAGGCCACACAGGGCAUCACACACACACGAGCUAUCGAGCUGAUCCAAGCGGGAGGCAGCAAAGUUCUUCUGCUGCUGCGACCCGGCCAGGGUUUGGUUCCUGACCACAGUUCCAAGGACAAGGUCAACAUUCCAAGCAAGCAUUUGGUCAGUGAUGGACCUUCAUCUCCAGCCUCCGUGUCUACCUCAGAGUGGUCUCCCUCCUCAACCUCCAUGGCCGCCCUCCAUGACUUCUCCACGCUUGCCGGGUCCGCGGGAUCCCCUGGCGCUGGCCGGCCGACGACCGACAAAGUCCGAGGGCAGCAGGUGUCCUUCCAGCGCGCUACCAGUCCUGGUGCUCAUGCCAGGAAGACCGGCAGGAGUGACUCCAAGGCCGCCAGUCCCAGGAGAGCCACAGAUCACGGGGACGACUCCCAGAGUCCCCGGAGAAAAGAGCGGGGAUCUUCGGCGGACCGGAAGCACGACGGGCAGAGAGACCAGCGCUCCUCCAUGAGGGACCAGGACCAACCCCAGAGCCCGAGACGCCCGGCCGGCCAGCAGCCCGCCGGCGACGGGAGAAGACACAAGGACGAAGACGCGGCUCACUUGCAGGACGGCGACCGCCUCAAGAAGGUCCGACGGGCCGAGCAGGACCUGCAGGGGGGUCCCAGGGAGAGGUCGGGGUCGGACGCCGACACGCUGGGCCGUAGGAGUGCACGCGACAAGGACGGCAGGUCCCACAGGUUACCUGAAGAUGGGAACAAGAAGCCCCCUGGGGGGUCCAGUGCGAGCAUGCAGGACCUGGGCUACAGCAGCAAGAAGGUUCCCAUCACACCUGGACCAUGGAAGGUUCCUAGUUCCAGCAAGAUCCAGUCCCAGGUGGACACAGCUUAGAAAUCCUAGUCCCCAUAUAUCUGAUGAUGGACGCUGCAUCCAUACCUCUCACUGUGAGACUUCCAUGAAGGAUCUGGUUUUCUUGUCCCUUGGACCUUUUUGAAGGUUCACGGCACAUUCCACACAUUCCUAGGUUUUAUUUUGUUGGCCGUCUGAGGAGGAAUCUGGCCGUCCUCAUCGUGUCCCCGCUGAUAAGAUCGAGUCACUUCCAGAAGUAAUAAUGUCAUUUCACCAUCUGGCAGAUAGAAGGAGAAAACUCUUCUAGACUACGUAGUCUGCCCGAACCUGGCAGCUUCUGCAGGGAAAACUGCACUUUGGGAAUUCUUCUCGUUCCUUACGUGAGACAAGAACUGGCGUCUUCCCUAAAUAGUAAAGAACUGCUAGGACGAGGCGGCUAACAAUGCAGGUAAUGGGAAUAAGAUUCAUUCCAAAUCAUUCAUUUAUACAAACAAACUGUUUCCAGAGUGCAGCACACAAUAGAACUUCAUUAAAAGAUGGGUAAAAAUAGACAAAACUAUAAAAAUCAAUAAAAAGUAUCUAUAUAAAUUAAUUGAUUAAAAUAUUUCAAAAAAGAAAGAAAAUAAUAAAAACACAAAAAUAAGUAAAAACAAACCAGUUAAAUAGAAUAGAACAAUAAAAUCAAUUAAAAAAUAUGUGAAAGAAUGAAUAAAAAAAUCCUAAAAGAAAGAUAAUAAAAACGCCAAAAUAAGUCCAAACAAACCAAUUAAAUAGAAUAAAACAAUAAAAGUAAUUCAGUUAAAAGGUAGAUAAAAAUAGAUUAAAUAAUAAAAACAAUUCUAAAGGAUAUGUAAAUGAAUACGUUUUAAAAAGAAAAAUGAUAACACUAAAAGCGCCAAAAUAAGUCAAAACAAACCAAAUUAAAUAUAAUAAAACAAUAAAAGUAAGAUGGAUAAAAAUAGACAGAAUAUUAAAAUCAAUUUAAAAAAUGUAUAAAUAAUUGGAUUCAAAUAUUUUAAAUCCGAAAGAUAAUAAUAAAAACACUAAAAUAAGUAAAAGAAAAACAAAACAUCAAAAUAAGUCAAAACAAACCAAUUAAAUACAAUAAAACAAUAAAAGUAAUUCAGUAAAAGGUCGAUAAAAUAAUAAAAACAAUUCUAAAGGAUAUGUAAAUUAAUACAUUUUAAAAAGAAAGAUAACACUAAAAGCGCCAAAAUAAGUAAAAACAAACCAACUUAAAUAUAAUAAAACAAUAAAAGUAAGAUGGAUAAAAAUAGACAAAAUCAAUUUAAAAAAAUAUUUUGAAUCAGAACGAUAACAAACCAGUUAUAUAGAAUAAAACAAAGGUAAUUCAAAUAAUAUUCAAUAAAUUAAAAACGAAUCAAAUAACGUCAGUUAAAAAAAAUAUGAAUAGUUGAAAACAUUAUAAAAACUCUAAAAUAAGUACAAACAAACCAGUUAAAUCAAAUAAAACAAAAGUUAUGCAGUUAAAAUAUAAGUAAAAACAGAUUAAAUAAUGUCAGUAAAAAAUAUAUAUUGAUAAAUAAAUAUGAUUUUUCUUUUUUUAAUAAUAAUACUAAAAACACCAAAACAAGUAAAAACGAACGAAUUCAAUAGAAUACAACAAUAAAAGACACAGAGGACCACAUGACUCAAGCCGAUUUAAAAGCGUCCUAAGCUGUAAGAAUAUAUGUAAAGUUGUAACAUUGAUAUAAAACAUGUCGUAUUUACAUAUUUUCAUCAUAUUAAGCAUGACUUUACCUUUCCUUCUGGGCACAUUCAUUUCACAGAAACUGGAAAUGAACUGAACGCUUGUAAAUCCAGAUUGAGAGCUUUUAAAGUGUAACUGGUUUUCUUCGUGUGUAUGACAAAUAUUUUGUAUGUAACUCUAUCUUUUGCUGCCUCUUGGCCAGGAUUCCCUUGAAAAAUAUGAAUUUUUUUAAUCUCAGUGGGACUUUCCUGGUUAAAUAGAAAAUAAGGAACGCUACUCGCAAGAACAACAACAACUAUCGAUCAUGAGAGCCGACAACAACUAUUUUGGGACAAAUGAUAAUCAGAACGUUAUUAUUUUGAAUAUAAGGAGGAUGAGCCGAAAGUGAAACGGCAAAGCAUUGCCCUAGCGUUAGCAUGUAGCACUCGCGCUAUGCAUUUAAUCGACAACAAGGCAGAACAAUCACUUACAAUUGAUGGGGAUGGUUGUAUCUUUCAGCACUUCUUGGCGAUACGGAGUUGGGAACCAGUGCGUCCACUCACUCCGUCGGUCCAGAUUGUAAUGUUCAGGUCGCGGCAUGUAAAUAAAGCCUUGUGGGACGUUUUUUUUUAGAGUGCCUAAUUAAUGAAUCCGAUGGCCGCCUCGCGCUAGCAGUUCUUCACUAUUUAGAACGCACAGAAAGGAAAAAGACACGUGUUCUUGUCUCACUUAAGGACAACAGUCCUGAAAAGUGUACUUUUUCUUAGAAGUUUGCGUUGUAGCAGAUGUGAUGAAAGUCCCAAUUCAACAGGUUCAGCUCUACCACCAUCUACACAUUCUAUUUCUACACUCUCUACAUUCUAUUUCUACAAUCUCUACAUUCUAUUUCUAUGAUUUUGUGACCAGCGUAGCAGCUCUGUGUUUUAGGUCAUUUGACUAUUGUGCGCUGUUCCUUAUGCCUGUAGCAUCCACUUAAUACUCAAAACUGUUUACGCUCGCUUACAAGCUUACUUAUAUAUAUAUAUA